GUCAGGUUAAUGUCGGGUUAAUGACACCCUCAUGAGCUCUUAUUCCAGGUCAGCAGCGCUCACACACCCCCCUGUUGAAACCAGCGCUAAAAAAGACACAAAAGGCUACAGACAACGGAGAGAAUAGAGACAUGAGAGGGCGCUGAAGGAAGUUUAUGGCUCCUUUCUUUCCCUUCCUCCUUCAUUCUGUCCUCUGUGUUGCAGACAAGGAUAGAGGAUGGGGUGGGAAAGAGACAAAGGCGGUGUGCUCACCCCCCUGGCAAAGUCCUGUGUAGGCCUGUAAUCAAGACUUAAGUCUUUGCAGGUCAAAUACUUCUCUCUGUGUUUCAAUGGAUGGCUCCUUCUCUUUCCCAUGCACGUACAGACCCACACUGUGAUUAAAAACAAAGGAGUGUAAGUUAUGAUACUCCUCUUUAUCUUGCAUCAGCUGAUAAAUUAUGAGUCAUCCAGCAGAUGAAAGAUAAGCUCAUCAGCCAUAUAUGUGUAUAUGCAUUCACAGCUCUCCAGCUUUAUCGGCUAUAAAUGUGUUUAUGAAUUUAUAUCUUUUGACAGGAUGGUUUUCUGCUCUGUAUUUGUGUGCGGUCUCAUUUGAAUUGGUGUCGAUAUCCUGCCAUAAACUCUCCUCGCUCAAAAGCUUUCCCGAGGUCUGACGCUCGGAGAGGAGAGGGAUAUACAGAGAUACAGCAAGAGUGAGAGAGUUAUCAGAGACACAAAAGCACAGAUAAGUAGAGGUCGAGGAGGAAGUGUGCAGGGAGCAAAUCGGGGGGCUGUGAAGGGGAGAAAAAAAGAGGUAAAAGGCAGGGGCAAAUAAAUGAGUGUGUGAAAGAGCAGAUCUACGGAGGCUCACACAGAUGGGGCAGGAUGGUCGGUGUGAGGAGAUUACAGAGAAGACUUCCUCCCUCUCAUCCACUGAUGAGAGUGUCAUAAAGCGCUCUGACACACACACACAAACACAUGUAAGCACACACACACACACACAUCAUUCCCACAUUCCUAUCUGCUCCCACCGGGAUGUCUUCAUCUUCCUUGGAAAUCUGAACGAGGGGAGAAGCGGGAAUGAUGGUGGGAUGGAGGAAGGAGAAUGAAUGGGGUGUGAUGAUGAAAAAGAAGGUGUUGAAAAAAAAAUGAUUGCAGUAGAAACAAAUGAAGGAUUUCCCUCGAAAAUGUGCGCGAGAAAAAAAGUCCCUAACCAGCCCUGCUCUGCCAUCUCUGGUGCUUCUCUAGUGGAUGUCAAGCAGUAUAAUUAUGCUCUCAUUUAUUCUAUUGUUGCUCUGUCAAUGCAUGGUAUACGGAGAGAAGAUUUCUCUCCCUCCCUCACCCUCUCUCUUUCUCUCUGUCUCUCUUCUUUCAUAUAUUUAAAUGUCAAUUAUAUUUGUGUGGGCUGCAGCGCUGAGGAGUUUUGAUGUAUUCAGUUCUACUGUUUCUGGUUUGUGAGUCCGUGUAUGUGUGGGAGCUGAUCAGUAAAUGCUUUUUUUUGAGUUGUCUUUCUUUGCUCAUCAAAAUCAAAGAUAAAAGAAGUCAUAGGGCUCCUCCUCUUCAAGCUAUAUCUAUUUCUUCCUUUGGUGGUUUUUUCUUUACUGUUGUUUAUCUGCGGAUCGAAACGCAGCCUGCGUGUUGAUUAACUUGUCUUCCCAGAUCUUUUAAGCUGUCAAUAUAAAGAACAAAGACUUUAUCUAAGGGUCAAAGGUCAGCUGAGUUGAAGUCCAUCCUGAUGCAAAUCAACAUCAGGCCUGACUUUAAUCAUUAUUAACCGGUUAAUUACAUUGACAUGUCGAGGUUUCUGGUGGAGUUUCCAGUCAAACUGUGUGUUUCUGAGUAUUUUGGUUUGAUUUUACUAAAUCUCUGAGGAUAACACGCCACCAGAAACGUGUGACAUCCUUUGUCUGGUCCUCCUUUUAUUGUUCAUUAAUCUGCUUAUUACGGUUCUAAAUCACAAAUACUUCAAAUAUCCUUCAAGUUUCAUACUUUUACUCAGAGAGGAUUGGACAGUAGAUAAAGCACAUGACUCAACCACGAGACCAGACCGGUACUCUUCUUUACACGAUCUGUAUCCUGAAACGUUCAGUCAUCUAUCAUAGGAAUGAAAGCAAAACAGCAAAUUUACAUCCAAUGAGCUGAGAAAUAUGUUUUUGGCUGUAGCAGUGUUUGCGUUUUCUCAAUCAGAAGAUCUACAUGUGGAAGUUUCUGAGGACAAGACCUCCUAAACCUGUCCCUACUGGUGGUAUGUAAAUGGGAUUAGUUCUAACUGACUGCACUUUACAUCAGGGUGUGAAUGCUGUGUGAAUGAGUGAAUGUUACAUAUAACAUAGAAGAGCUUUGUGUGAUCAGAAGACGAGGGAAAGAGCUUUUCACACAACCCAUUUACCAUGUAGCUAUUAGCAUGCAAAGGCUCUGUUUUCAAAUGUGCAAAUAAUGUUGUAUGACAAACAAUUAAAACUCGGGGUGUCCUGAUACAACUUUUUUACUUCUAUAUUAUACCGAUAUUGUAGCCUGCAUUGUCUGCCAAUACCGAUAUUGAUCUGAUUUGGGCAUGAACUUGUGCAUGACAAGUUUUGCACCCAGCUUCAAUGUCUUUUUCAGACUUCAGUGGAAAAUACUGCCACACAGCUGACAUCACUCCUACUCCUUGCUACUUUGUUAGUACUUUAGUGGACACUGUUGUUGUGAUCACGUUGGCUCUGCAUGCUGGAUCCGGGUGCUGCUAGCUAGAGGUGCCAGAGUGGAGUCUGCUUAUGUUAGAGUGCUGAUAUCAGAGAUUUUAGAUGCAGGCCGAUAUAAUCCGAUAUUUGUUUUUUGGCUGAUAUCAGACCAAUAUCAAUAUCGGAUCGGGGCAUCCCUAAUUAAAACAGACUCAAAACAAUGCUCCACAGCUCCAUUCGUGGCCUGUAACCUUAAAGGGUUGAAACCAAGUAAAAACAAGUUCACUGCAAGAGCCAAGUAAGCACAAUUAACACCAAAGUUCAAGACAUUGAGAUUGUGGACUCCUACAAGUACCCGGGUGUUCACCUGAACAGUAAACUGGACUGGACUGACAACAUAAACUCACUUUCCAGGAACGGCCAAAGCAGACUCCACCUACUGAAGAAACUGAAGUCCUUUAGUGUGCAGGAAGCAAUACUGAGGACCUUUUAUGACUCUGUAGAGGCCUCAACCAUCUUUUAUGGAGUGGUGCAGCAUUACAGAAACAGACUGUAAAAAAUGUUGAGGAAGGCCAGUUCUGUCCUGGGCUGCCCUCUGGACCCUGUGGAGGUGGUCGGGAACAGGACGAUGAUGGCUAAGCUAUCAUCUCUCAUGGACAAUGUUUCCCACCCCCUACAGAGAACUGUAAGAGUGCCGGGCAGCUGUAACUAGUUUUUUUUGUGUAUAACACGUCUUGUAUAAGUUCAAGUACCUUUUCUUCUGUUUGCUAUGCUGAUCAUUUGCUGCUGUUAACACUGCAGAUUCCCCCACCAUGGGAUAAAUAAAGGUUUAUCUUAUCUUAUAUCAUAAAAAUGCAUCAAUAUGAAUUUUAGUUUAUUUCAUAACCAUCAAAAAACUCCUCAUAUGGGGCCUUUAAAGCCUGAUUAUUCUUUACUUUACACACUGUACGGGUAAUGGAUGUUUUUUAACUCAUUUGUUUUGAUGUUAGUGGCAGGUGGGUGUGUUGAAGCUGUUAGCCAGGAGUCUCAGGGUGCGCACCAUCUCCACCUCUUCGCCUUGGUUUUUAUUGAUCAAAAGAUUGGCUGACUCAGCGUUUUUAAUGCCGCACCCGCCAUCACUGGGCCUCUUGAUGCGUCUUUAAUAACCCGAUGUGCGAUGUCACUGAGACUGCGUCUGUGUUUUGUACGGUCUAUGCUUCAAACAAAGGGUGUGUUUUCUUCAAAGUUGGGUGGUGUCGCUUCUGUAAUAUAAGCUUUAUAAAAACACGAGAUAUUCUUUGUAGUGCUUUCAUUCAUGUUUUUUGAUGAGAUAUUUCACAGAUCAAAAACAGAGUCUCGUUUGUUUGUUUCCUCUGCAGCCUGCUCUGCUGGGUUUUACAAGGCCAAGCCCUCAGAUCCGGGAUGCUCAAAGUGUCCCCCGCACAGCUACUCGCUCAGAGACGGAGCAACCGUCUGUGACUGCCACUCUGGAUUUUACCGUGCCGACAGUGACCCUCCCUCCAUGGCCUGCACACGUGAGUGCACACAUACACAAAUACACGUGCAGAAACACACAUACACUCAAGUAGGACAAUAGAUAAGCAUAAAUACAGAUAGAAUGUGUGUGCAUUGCCUGCAAAUAAAAGCAAAAAGCAUGCUCAUUGUUUUCCAAACCUCUCUAUCGCUACCAAACAGAGGGAGACACAAACUUGUCUGAAUGCCACCCCUGUUUCAUGAUCCCAUUACUUAUGACUAAGCCACCAUCUACAUCCUGUCUGCCAGAGAUAACUAAAGGCAUUGAGAAGUGAAUAAAUGUGUUUCCUCUCCCUGUCUCUCUCUCUGACUUUUUGAGUAGGUCCUGUGUGACAGUCUUGGAGACCUUGGUCUGUGUGUCAUAAACUUAAUUAUGCCUAUAUACAGCACAUGGUUUCCUUGGCCUGGGAAAAAUGAAAACACAAGCACAAACACACACUGUCUGCUAGAAACACACACACACAAAAAAGAAAUACCACAGAAGAAAACAUCCAACCCAUCAAAAACUUCUCUGAACAGUAUGGUUUUGAGUCUGAUGCCAGAUGUCUGCAUUUCAAGCGGUGCCAACAUCUCACACAAACCUCCCCAUACACCCCGUUCACUUCCACUUCCCAUAUGUGCACUUUCCUGGUAAGUUUUCUUCACACUCAAGUUUUCCCUCUCUUUCUUCUCAGAGCCCCCUUCAGCCCCUCAGCAGCUCAUCUCUGUGGUGAACGAGACAUCAGUGGUCCUGGAGUGGGCCCCUCCUCGGCGGCUGGGGGGACGCAGCGACACCAGCUACAGUCUGGAGUGUCUCAUCUGUCAGACAGGAAGCCACAGUCAGAGCGGCGGUAGAGCCCUCCCUAGAAAUCACAGCAUCUCACAACCGGAAGCUCAGCAUGGCGGCCUGGGGAUGCAGUCAGACCAGGGGAUUGUGGGACCUGAAGUGCAGACAGGGAGAGGGGUCUUCCAGAGCAGGCCGGAGCCUGAAGAUUACCCAAGACCCAGUUCAGGCUCCAUCUCUCAGCUCUGCCUCCCCUGCAGCUCAGAUGUGCACUUUUCACCCAGUCAGACGGGCCUGAAGAGCACAAGGGUGGUGGUGAGCGAGCUCCGGGCCCACACGCACUACACUUUCAUCGUCCAUGCGCGCAACGGGGUCUCCCAGGCCAGCGGUGCAGGGGCAGCCCAGAGUGUAUCAGUCACUGUGACAACAAACCAAGCGGGUAAGGAGAACGAAGGAAUUCAUGAGCGCGGCAAAUGAAUGUGUAGGAUUGUUGAGCGUUGCAGCAACACAAAAUGUGCUUAUGGAUGUUGUCCGUAAGUGGGUCAGCUCAAAGCAAACUGCUGUUCACUGCAUGUGCACCCCCGGGAGGCAAGGCCCCAUGGGUAAUAUUGUGUUGGGUGAGGAGGUAUGAUAUGAGCAAGCACUGUAAAAGCCACACACUUGCACGCUAAUUCUAGUAUCCACCUUAAGCAACAAAAGCAGAGUAGAAAAACAGCUAUUGGUGAUGCAUCCUUGCACUGACAAUGAUUUGAGAGGUUUAUUUUUGUCUUUUUUUUUCCUCCCAAACUGCUCUCCAAACAUAUCUUCAAUGCACCUCGAGAAAUGUCAGAAAAAAUCCAUAAAAGUAAGGUGUUUAUCUCCAAAAGGCAGAUGAGAAAAUGUUAUCACGUAUCGACUUUUUGGGUGAGAAAAGAUUAUAUUUCAAGAUAUUAUAAAACUUUUGAGAAGGGAGGAAUUAGAUGAAUUAGAUUUUUAUACAUACUAUGUUAAAACAGUUGAAAUGCAAUUAAAAAUUACAGCAAGACCAUUUUUUACUAUAUCAACAUGCGGUACAUCUGAAAUGCAACACGAAUGCAUCGAGUCCUUGCUGCUACAAUAGAAUCAAAUAGAGUAAAAUCUCAUCGAUCAGUAUUAAUACUAACAAACUUAUAGACACUUUUCCUGCUGUUUUUUAAACAGGAACUCUUGCUCUUACUAUCACUGUCAGAGUUGUCAUAGUUAUUACUCAGUCCUCCUACACCCAACAACAGCUGAUUUAAUUAUAGGGCUGUUCUUAAGAGGAUGUCAGAAAGCUUUCUGGAAAUGUAAAUCACUGACUUAAAUACAAACAGACAGCACAGGCUGAAAGGAGAGUAGUAAAUCACAACACUACAUUGCAGAGUUGUUGAUAUGUAACAGUAUUAGUAAGUCUAAUCGAGGGAUUUUACCCAUGUCAGUGCUGGACCAUAAAGUGUUUGAAAAAUCACCCAGAUUUUAUGGCGUGUUUCAUUUUAGUUGUGAAGGUGUCAGCUGGUGUGUGGCGCUCUCACACAUGCUCUUCAUUAGUUUUCAGUCCGUUCUUUUCUCUUUUUUUUUAAGCGUGCUGCUACAUCUCAACUGUCGAUGUUUAAAGUCUUUACUGUGCCAUUUGAAAAACGGCAUACCUGUUUAACUCCACCUGCCCCAGGGAAAUAACUUAGCUCUUGUGUGCACAGCGUGAGGGCUGUCUGGGAUGUGUCAAGUCCAACCUGCACCACCAUAUGGUCUCAUAUCAUAUGAACAGGCACAAAGGAGGAAAAACGCCAUAAGGGGAUAAGAAAAGAGGGGAUAUAUGGGGGAAGAGAGAGGAAUAAGGUGUGUCUUUGUGGCAGGAAGGAAGGAGAUUUGGGUCAGAUCUCAGGUGCACUGGGUCACUGGGAUUGUUGACAAUCAGGCACCAUGUAUAGCUUUAGAUUGUUUACAGGGCUUAGGAUCUAUUAUAGAUGUUGUAAUCUGAUAUACAGUGUGUCAUUCUACCAUGUUAUAGGCUCUUAAAUUUUCUGUCAUGUUAUAUGUUGUAUAUAGACAGACUUAUAUUUUGUUUUUAUUAGUUUGAUUUUGUCAUUGAUUCAGUUAGGAAAUUGAGUUAAAAAUCGCCAUCUUCCUUUCUAUAAAACUUGCCUUGGUCAAUCAGAUAUGUUUUAUUUUUCUUCAAAGACUCCCUCUGGGGCUUUUUGCUUUCAUAUAGAGAGGACAGAAAAGUGGAUAGAGCAGGAAACAGAGGGAGUGGGCUGCACAUGUGGGAAACAGGCCACAGGCUGGAAUCAAACCUGGGCCGCCUUUGUAAGGAUCAUAACCUCUGUACAUGGGCGGCAUGCUUGGACUGCUAGGGCAGCACAGCCCCCAGGUAUAGAAAGUUUUAUUGGUUGUGAAAAUGCCAAUUUAAUCAGUUUACUCAUUUCAUUGUUUCUCUGUAGAGAAAGAGACUUCAGUGUUCCCUGCUGUUCAAAACAUUUGAUUGGGAACCAUCAGGAUCCACUGUUGAUCAAUGACAGACAGACCAUUAAAUAUCAACUCUUUCACCAAUUUACUUUUUUUAAACUUAUAAAAUUUUGCACUUGUUCAGCAACACCAUUUUCUCAAUAACAAUAUUGAAAUCAUUUGGUGAUUUUAUAUGUUUAUGUGAGAUUGUCUGGUAAAAGCUCAACCAAGUGAAACCAAGCUGGGUAUAACCGGGCUAAACCAAACCAUAGGAAGCUAAGCCAAGCUAAGCUUAGACAUCGAAGCCCAACUUAACUUAAUUUGCCAAACAGACUUCAUCUAAACCAAAAUAAACCAAGCUAAGCUAAGCUGAGCCAAACGCAAACGCAACAAGCCAAAUUUAACUGAACAAAACCAAACAAGGCAACUUUAGGCUAAAGUAAGGCUGCACUGAAUUUUUGAACUAAAGGGUCGAAGUUCAUCUAAGACCCAAAAGAACAAAACCCAAGGUUAGCCAAGCUCAGUUUAUCUAAACCAAAGUAAGGUCAAGCUUAGCUGGUAUCCUAAGUCUAUCUAAAGGACAUGAAACUUAAGUACUCUAAACCUAACUCAAGAUAGCUAAACUCAUCAGACUUAAACUCGAUUAAGCUAAACUAAAUUCAACUAUACUAAACCAAACUUUGAUUCCCCAAACAUAAACAGGAAAAUCUUAAACAAAGUUAACAAAUCAACUCUCCCCAUCACUCUCUCUCUCUCGUAGCUCCCUCUCCAGUGUCGUCAGUCCACGCCAUAGAAGUCACAAGGCACAGUUUGUCAUUGUCAUGGCAACAGCCAGAUCGACCCAACGGGGUCAUCCUGGAGUACGAGGUCAAGUUCUAUGAAAAGGUGAGGCAGCCGCAGGUUAAUGCAGCUCAGGCAGCUGUCCGGAUUGUCAAUAUGUCCUCCUUCUGUUUGUGUUUCCCUGAUGGUGAGCAUGGAUUUGCAGUCAGACACUGAAAAGAGACAUCCCCCCCACUCUGUUUUUGUCUCAUCUAAUCAGGACCAGAAAGAGCGCUCCUACCGCAUAAUGAGGACCUUCUCCCAGAGCGUCAAUGUUGCGGGUCUUAACCCCCUCACUGUGUAUGUGUUUCAUGUGCGAGCUCGCACUGCAGCUGGUUAUGGAGAGUUCAGCGCUCCGUUUGAGUUCUCCACUAAUUCAGGUAGCCUUCCAGAAACAACCAGAAUUUUAUGAGGAGAGAUUUCAGUUUGCGUUUGAUGAAGUUUGUAACUUUGCUGGUGAUGACUUUUGUGUCCUUCCUCCCUUAGAUCCCUUCCCUCUGAUUGGAGAAGGAGUAAACUCGGCUUUCCUGCUGCUGUCUGUCAGCGGGGUUGGAGUUUUACUGCUGAUAUCUGCAGCUGUUUUCAUCAUUAGCCGCAGGUACACACACACUAGCACACACAAUCUCACAUACUAAUUUAAGGAUCCAUACAGGCAGCCGCUCCCACCGUCACACAUACGCUUGUUAUGUUUGCUGGAGGUUUCCCAUCAGUGAAUCUCUGACGUCAAUCGGUGUGCUACCUCUUUCUUAACUAUUGCUGCUUAACUGCACAAGUUACGCACACAAACACACACUCACACACACCUCUUCAUGGUUGAAUAAUGCCUGUGUGUUACCUGAAGCUUUUAAAGGGGAUUAGAGCGGAGACAAUGAUAAUCCCUUUGUCCCUGACUUGUCAUUACUGUCUUUUCAGCAGCACAGCUUGGGUGUCACACACUCACGAGCACGCGCGAGUGCCCACAAAAACACUCACAGUCGCACACACACACACACACACACCUGCUCGCCAACAAAAGUGUUUCUGACAGAUUCUUUGUUUAAUGGAAAACACCUUUUAUCUUUCGCUACCUGAGGCGUUGCCCCUCCUCCUUCCUCGCUCCCUUAAAUGCUUUCAUCUGCUCGCUGUGUGUCUUUCCUGCAGCCUCUGUUCUCAUUGUCAUCACUUUCUAUUGCAGCGAAUCCUGAAACAAUCAUAAAUGCACACUGCAACUGAAAAAAAAAAGUUACAAACACACACACGCCCUUUUGUGCAUUUUUAUGACUUGUAAAAUUUUUUAGAAAACGUGGCAUGUGAAAAAAAAAACAAAUACAAGAACUUUUGUUGUGUUUUUUGAGUGUGAAUCAAAUGUUUAUCUUUUCUUUUGUGUCACCAGGAGAAGCAAAUACAGUAAAACAAAGCAGGAGUCAGAAGAGGAGAAACAUCUCAACCCAGGUACCACACACACACACACACACACACACACAAACACAAACAUACUGUGAUGAAAAAAGACAGAUGGAUCCUCCGUUUUCUCAUCUUCUCUUCGAUCCACCUGCACACAUCUUAUACCCAUACUGCCAAAGACAUUUACAUAACAUAUGCAGUAGUUACACAACUCAUCCUUCUCACCUCCCUCUGCAUUCCUCCUUCUCUCCUUCUUCCUUGUUUCUUCUCCUCUCCCGCCUCCUCAUCUCCCCCCAGGAGUCAAAAUCUACGUGGACCCGUUCACCUACGAAGACCCGGAUCAGGCCAUCCACGAGUUCGCCAAAGAGAUUGAUGUUAGCAGUAUUCACAUUGAGAGAGUUAUUGGCAUGGGUAAGCCUGGCAUUAGAGCUUAAACACACACACACUCGCAGAAACCCACACACACGCUUACUUGGCGCUGACUCUGCUGUUUGUGUGUAGGAGAGUUUGGGGAGGUGUGCAGUGGCAGGCUUCGUAUUCAAGGAAAGAGGGAGAUCUACGUGGCCAUCAAGAGUCUAAAGGCGGGUUACUCGGAUAAGCAGAGGCGUGACUUCCUGUCUGAGGCCUCCAUCAUGGGACAGUUUGACCAUCCUAAUAUCAUCAGGCUGGAGGGGGUCGUGACAAGAUGUGAGAAUUUCAAAGCUUUUAGUAAAGGGAGUAUGGGUGGUUUUGUUUAUGCGUUUAUGUGUACAUGUGGCUGUAAUUUAGAGUGACAUUUUACAUUUCUACCUGUGUAGGUAAGCCGUUGAUGAUCAUCACAGAAUACAUGGAAAAUGGAUCUUUGGAUGCUUUCCUUCGGGUACUUGUUUUCACUUUUUCUUUUAACUUUUUCUCUACAGAAAUCUUUAAAUAAUAACAAUAUUUACAGUUUUGUCAUAAGUGUCCAUGAGCUUCACAUAUGUCAUAAGCAUCCUUUAAACCAACACCUACUUGAUAACAUAUAUGCUUCUAAUUUUAAAGUUUAAAGAAACAAGCAAAUUCAGGUUGGACAUUAAACAGAUGUGCUGAAAUUGAUCAACAUAUUACACUUCUUUUUUUAUCCAGCUAGUCUUUGGUGUCCAUAUAAAUUUUCUAACUUCAAUGUUUCAGAAACAUGACGGUCAGUUCACAGUGAUCCAGCUGGUCGGCAUGCUGCGCGGCAUAGCCUCAGGUAUGAAGUACCUGUCAGACAUGAGCUACGUCCACCGAGACCUGGCAGCUCGGAACAUCCUGGUCAACAGCAACCUGGUGUGUAAGGUGUCGGACUUUGGCCUGAGUCGAGUUCUGGAGGACGACCCAGAGGCUGCUUACACUACAAGGGUAAGACACACAAAUAUUAAGCACUUUACGAACUGUCCACAUAUUCAGCCGUUUGUCCUCAUUUCAGAUCUAUGACUUACUUUUAAAACUCAUUUUAAUUGACUUUUUUUCUGAUGUGAAUCAAAGUAUGAAUCUGAUUGCUCGCCAUCCCCCUCUUCGGAUAAGAAUCAAUAAAUAUAUUCCAUUUCUCACUGAACCAAAAGGACUCUUCUUGCUGUUUUAGGAGCCCACUGGGACUUAUCUUUCACCCGGAGGGAAGAUUCCUAUCAGAUGGACAGCUCCAGAGGCAAUAGCCUACAGGAAGUUCACCACAGCCAGUGAUGUGUGGAGCUACGGCAUUGUUAUGUGGGAGGUGGUUUCUUACGGAGAGAGACCCUACUGGGACAUGAACAACCAAGAUGUGAGUCAUUUUGAUAUCCGCUGACCUAUGAGUUGUCUCACAGACAAUGAAGUCUGCUUAUUUUUGAAGUCCUUUUCCAUACACCAGGGUAAAUGUCAAAUUAAAACUCCGAAUCACCUUUUUUGAACAUGAUGAAUCUGUGAUACGUCUGAGGAAGCAGAAAAUGUCUUGGCUUAAAGCUCCUAUAAGGAGUUUUUUUGAUGUUUAUGAAAAAGACGGAAAUAUCUUUUGAUCCAUUUUCAUGGUAUGUAAAAGCAAAAAAGACCAUCAGCGACAAAAUCAACAAUAACUACAUUGUUAUUUCUAAUGUCUGAAACUAAUGUAAAGGGUAGCUGUUAGCCAAGCAGCUAAAGAAACAGCCCUGUUUUAAAGUAUUCACACAGUAGGAUACAUUUGACUGUCAAAAGUCAGCAAGAUGAUUUUAUUUUAAUUGAAAGAGACUUCCUAUUCACUUAAAGGACAAAAUAAGCAAACGCUGCUUUGUCCACAGGGGGCUCCAAAACUGACACAAACCAAAGAUUCCUCACAGGAGCUUUAAUAUACUUCCAUGAGUUAUCAGAGUUGAUGUUGAACCAGUAAGUGUCUCUUUAAGAUGAACUGAAUCUUUAUGGUAGGAGUAUUGAAUCUAUUCGCCCUCAUUUUUCUGUUAGAGGAGGGGAUUUAAUUCAGCUCUCCAGUAUGACCCUGUCAGAUUUAAGCAGUUUGUUAGUAAAAUACUGUCAGUAACAAACGAGAUAAAGGCUAAAAACAACCAGACUGUGUGAAUACACCCACAGGAAGCAAUAUCAAUUUUCAGUUUUCCAUCAGCAUAUUUUGUAGGUCAUUCGAAGUCAAACAGAAUUAAAAAAACCCGUACAGUCCAUAAGUUUGAGAAUCCAAUUUAAACAGAUGAAUACAUAUGAAGGCAGGUCUUCAGUUAAAUACUUCUGGAGCAAAUAAACUUUCGUCUGUGUGGUCUUAUGAAUUCUGACCCAGUGACCUCUGCUGUGUUCAAAGAAAUGUAAAUUUUCGCCUGUUACUGUCCUGAGAUAAGGCAGCAAGCCAAGACUCUGUCCAGUCUAGUCUCUCAAGGACAUUUUACUGAAGAUGAAUUUUAGACUUAACAGAACAUGACCAGAAAUUUCCGCUUUGUGUUCUCCCUCUUCCAGCCCAGGCUAAAUAAAUUUAGAGAGGAUUCAGUUGUUCUGAACAGUUUUUCAGAUCUGAGACGAAAAUCCCAUUUCAGAGUAAAUUUGCAAUCACUCUGCUAUCAAAGCUUGUUAAGUCUGAACAGGUCAGAGAGCCAGUCUGGCAUAUGAAAAUUUCCAAACAUGAUUGAUUUCAUCUGCAGCACUGCUGAAGUCUAAGAAAACUUUCCUGAUGAGCUGCUCUCCAGACACUUUAUCCAUCUUAUUUACUCUCUUUUUUAUUGAGUAAAUUAUUGCACGCUGAGCUGCUCCACUGUUUAUUUUUUUAGCUUAUUUGCUGGCAGAGACUUAUCACACAACCACAUACAAACUGAAGCAUUUUAAACAUCACUUCUGCUGUUAUUCUUAGCCAAGACCCUAUUCAAUAUGAGAUACUUGGGCAGGUUUUGAGUUUGUAGUAAUUUUAUGUUCUAAAAGCUGACUGACUUUUCCCACUUAUCAGCAUGACCAGCACUCUGCUGUGGCAGAGGCUGUGACGAACUGCUCAUGGAAGCAAUUAAGUUUAGUUUUGAAUCUUAUUGUUACUCAGAGUUAUAACUUUGAUAUCCAAUGUGAAUAAAGUGCCGUUAAUACACUAUUUUUAAGUAUCAAACUUAACCGCUGAUUGUCUGUACAUCAGUGAUUACAGUGCCAGCAGGAACUGAAGCUUAUGCAGCAAAAAAUUUUAAUUAUGCCAUAUUUCUAAAAAAGUUCACAAAUGUACGCUGAUUAUUAAAAGCAGCAAAAGUUAGAAUAUGAUUAUCCUUUCAAUAGGGAUAAGACUAAAACACAAUAAUGGGGGUUACAGAGACCAAGAAAGUUAAAGGUUAAAAAGUUAUUGCUGUCUCCGUACGUCUCUGUGAGGGAACCUCCAGAAUCUGACUUUGACAAACAGCUUUGUUGAACAUUUUAAUGUACAAAGGAAAUAUUGAAGCUGCUCGCAGCUGCAAAUAAGUAAAUAAUUUACAGAUGGUGGAGAGACAGCUCUGGUGAGAUUUCUGACAACAAAGGGGUUAUAAAUCUGUGGCAGGGGGAGGGGCUUUCUUCUUUUGAGACUUAAUCAGCAGUGGCAUUUCAAAGUGGCAGUCAGGCUGGCGGGGCACAUAUUAAAUCAUUUCCUGUACAAAACCAUAAUGUACAGGGACUUUUUUUUUUUUCGCAAAGAUGCUGUCACAAUAAGUUUACAGUCUAGUCUGCACUGCGCAUUAUUAUUGUACAGUAGACCCAUUGGUUGCUAAUGUUUCUAGGAUUAAGAGUUCAUUAAAAGAUAUAAAACCUCCACCUCUGCUGCUCCUAAAGGUGAUCAAAGCGAUAGAGGAGGGCUACCGCCUGCCUGCUCCCAUGGACUGUCCUGUGGUGCUUCACCAGCUCAUGUUGGACUGCUGGGAAAGAGAGCGAGCAGAGAGACCCACCUUCAGUCAGAUUCUCAACAUGCUGGAUAAACUCAUUCGUAAUCCUGGGACUCUGCGCCGCACAGGAGGGGACAGGUACACACUUCGAAUGAAUUUUACAGACAGAAACAAAGACAGAAACAUUCAUACCUUCAUUCAUAGGCGCCAGUUUAGGGUGAGUUUAGGGGGAUGUCCCCCCCAACACACUUUUUGUCAGGGGUCAUUUUGUCUCCACCACACACAAAUCCUUCCAAGACGCAGCAGACCUUCACGAGGAUAACAAAAACGUGCAGCUGUUGUAAAUUUGCAUCUGUGCCAAGCUGAAGCUGCGAUUUAAAGUGUGAUUUUUCUUCUGAUUAUACCUGUGAUGAGUUAGAAAACUUGUUUAACCCUAUGAUUAUCCCGUGUAAUAACUAUAUACGAGGGGGCGUUAGUUGGUAACAUGAAAUAAGUCUACGCAUUUUAUAGUGGCCAUACCAAAAGUAAAAUCAAUUGUAGUCAUCAUCCCAAAGUCACUGCUGCUAGUAGCUGUCCCUCCCACUUUUCGAAACAAACUGACGCCCUUGCCUUCAUUACACAUUUAAACACACAUACACCCACAUCUAAAGUUCAGUGCCUCUCCUAUAUCAUUUUUUUAACCACUAAUCUGCACGCUCCACUUUUUUUCCCCCUCAGAACCACAGCCACCAUGUUGGAGUCCGGUUUGGGUUCAGAGGUGUGUGUGUCAGUCACACCAGAAGUGUGUGUGCCCGAGUGGUCGAUGUGUGUGUGGCUGCAGUCCAUCGGGUUGGAGAGGUACAGAGACACCCUGGCAGCAGCAGGAUACACCAGUCUCGACAGCCUCCUGGCUCUCACACACCAGUAAGUGCAAAUUCAUGUGAAAAUGGGCUGAAAGGAGAGUCACUUUGGCAGUUGUUCAUUAAAUCUCAUUGUGCUAAAACAUGAGCUGCACAGACAGGAUCUCAUCUCUAAUUUUGACUCAACAAGGAGAUGAAAAUCUGACGCAGAUGAAAAUAAAUCCCUCUCCUCCUGUGUCUCUAAACUGACAUGGCAUUGGCGAUAUUUUGUGGUUUGCCUGGAGCACAAACUUUGCAAAAAAAGAGAAAACACAGAGCUUGGAAGACCGCCUCCUUUUCUUCAUAUGCAUACUUUCUCUUUCCUCUCCAUGUAUGUUAAUCACUGCAUGUGGAUGUGGGAGGCUUUAGAGGAAUCGCCAUGAUUCAGUUAGAAAACUAGCACAUUUAGUGUUUGUCAAGAUAUGAUUAUAGGCUUUAGAGUGUUUCUACUUUAUAAUUAAGCAAAAAUGUUGGUGCACCAUUAUCAGCUGCAGUGAGGGAUGUGAGCAUCAUUCUUUUAAUCAUAGGAUACCUCAGGUUUGUAAUUAUAUCUUUACAUCUAAACAUAUGUUCAGCCGGAUAAUCAAUUGAUCCAACCAAGCGUCUGAUGUGGAAAUUUCCUUUGUUGCUACUGACAAUCAAGCCAAAUCAAAAGCUUGGUCUUCAAAACAUAAUACAUUUGAGUAUUUUUGUGCAACUAUCUCGAUUUCUUUGUCUUUUACAGUUUUUCACCUCUUGCCAUGUUGUCUAGAAUAUAGAGGGGGAAAUAUUGAAUCAAAAACUGGCGUGUUUUUGUGGGGGGAAGUUUUGCUGUUGCCAGUUUUCUGAGCUUUGUGAUAAAAAAAAGAAAGAUUAGUACAUGAUGAAAGUUCUGCUUGAAAAACCUGUGUAUCUGCACCCACAGGGAGAUGGACAGACUUGGAAUAAUCACGCCGUCACACCAGGACAUACUUUUUGCCAGUGUGCAGCAGGAAAUGUUGUCUCAAAUGCAGCACAUGCAACACACGAUGGUUCCAGUCUGA